AUGACGGAUAUACCAAAUAAAGCUCAGCGAAGGAAAAGUUUAAGUAUUUUAGGCCCAACGGGUCUGUUGGGCUCUGGCUUCGCUGGCUCGGCCAAAAAUCCCCGGAGGCAUGAUCGAUCUGUUUCUGAUGGCUGGCGUGAGAAACACGAUUCUGAUUCGCAACCACAAAAGGAGAGGCUAAGGUUGCGGAAAAGUACCGGGCGUCCUGCCAGUAGUAGUGGCUCGCUCUUCAUCACGGAAAGCCUCACCUUAAUAUCAUCCGAGGACAGUUCCCAUCCACGAUCGAAAUCUUUCCAGAAAUCCAUGCGAAAAUCUGUGUUUGGGUCCUUGCGGUCGCUGGGCUCCCUCGAUGACGACCAGCCCUCUACAAGAACCCGUUCCAAAGCAUCCUCGGGCGAUGAGGAGGAUUCUCCCACCAACUUGGCAAAUCUGAAGUCCCUUCUGGGCACCCAAGUCCUACACCAUGGCGAAGUCCAGACAACGGGUGGCAUGUGGCGGAAGAAGAGUCAGUAUUUGGUCCUGACGGAUACACACCUUGUCAGGUUCAAAAACCAGUCGAAGGCAGCGGAAGUUUUUCCGUCAAUUCCUGCGACCUGGGGUCGAAAUUCUUCACCUUCUACGGCCACAAACAGACAGUCAAUGGUCUCAAUUACCUCCUUUCAGGAUUCCCACAUGGCACCUUAUUCAGAUCUUACGUCAGGAAUACCCUUGAACAGCAUCGUGGCUGUCUACAGGCUUGAUGAUGGACGACCUUACUUUUCCAUUGAGGUCUGCCACAUGGACGAACGAUCUGCCAAGCCUUCGUCCUUGCUACUGCAGCUCAAUGACCCGGGAGAGUCGGAAUUAUGGCUGGCGGGGAUACGCGCAGCAGCGGACCAAAUACGCGCCAUUGAUCCCCUUAAAUUUGACCAGAAGUCCGUGGAAUACGUUGCCCGGGCCCUCGAACAGGAACGAGAUUACGACCCAGAUUGUUUCCGGAUGUACAAAGUUGUGCAACGCGUGUCCACCAAAUCCGGCGGAAGGUCAUCGAAUGACGACCUGGCAAAGCUCACAUCAAAUGUGUGUUAUUUGGCAAUCGGAGUUCACAAGAUCCACCUAAUACUCCUUCCGAAGUCAUCAAACCGGAGUUCGGUCGCCUCUCUAACCGAGUUGGAUGUGAGCAUGUCAUUUGGGAUUAUGACGUUGACAUCUUUGUCAAUGCAACGGGGUGAUGAUUCUUUUCAAUUGAUAUUCCGUGUACCACUGUGCCAACCUUUCGCUGUGCAUCUUUCCUCAUCGUUCUCCAGCGAGAUCGCUAUUUUAAUACGGCAAAGAGCGGAAUGGCUCAGACCUGAAUGGCUUCAGCAACCGUUUAUCUUUAAUGUCCCUCAACAUGUAGAAGACCAAGUCACACCAUUAAUGUACAUGGAUCAAGAUCACGGGGGUUUCGACCGCACUCUUACCGCAUAUUGCGCUGCCUAUGACAUCGAUACCUCGAAUAUACGUUAUACAAUUGAUUACGCCUGCGAUGACGCUCCGUGCUUCCGUUUACUACAACCUGCAAAUAGCAAAGAUCGCCGUAAAUAUUCUACCUUGGAACUUCUUUCUGUCAUGCGUUCUCUGCGAUAUAAUGAGUCUUUUGUUUCAAUCUCGUUUAUGGACAUUAAUUUAGAUGUUCUCCAUCGCGUACGCGACUCCUUUGGGUUUGACAUUGACGCAGCAACUACGCGCUCCAACAUCGCUAUUCGACUUCCAGGCCAAGAAAAGAUGUCCAUCUUGUCUCAAGAAAUCCGUGCUUUAACUCUAAAAAAUAGGCGACUUCGAAGGCUGGACUUCUCGUUUUGUCUCACGAGACAGCCUACCUCUAGCAAAGGAAUGCUUGACCCGGGAUGCGGCAUACCGGAAGCCAUAUAUCCCCUUUGCCGACGCCAGCUGACGAACGUGGAUUGGAUUGUUCUCAAUGGCAUCAAACUUGGCGACUCUGACUUGGAUUAUCUUGUUGAUGCAGCAUCGCAGAAAUCCUCUCACCUUCGCGCCCUUGAGGUUAGCCAUUGUGGUCUGUCAAUCCAUGAUCUUGACCUUAUCCUUUCUACAAUCACUGCUCAGGAGAACACUCUGGAAUCUAUCGAUAUCUCCGGUGUCCAGGGUAGGCUGAGCCCUGAACUAUUUCAGCAGCAGAUAGGAUACUUUGCUCAUAUCCGGAGGAUUAACCUUUCACACAUUUCAAGGACCACAGGUCCGGAGCCACUUAUUGCGCCAGAAACAUUGCUCAAUUGGCGACUGGAGGAGCUGUCCCUGAGUCACACCGCCGUUAAUGAACAAACUGUGGAUUCGAUAGCAGCAUACCUAUCAAGUUCUAAAUCUAGCACGCUUCGGAACCUGAAACUCGACCAAUGUGGCCUCACCGGGAAAGAUGUAGCUAUAUUUCUCCAUUCCAUGACAGACGAUUCUGGGAAACCGAGAAACAUGCAUCUUCACGUGAGUGAGAAUCGCCUUCAUGUCGACUACUCCCUCCUGUUCAACGCGAUAGCCAAGAAUAAGACCCCUACACAUCUUACCAUGAGGAUGAUGGAAUUUCAAAAAGAAGACCAUUUUCGCCAAUUGGUUGAUGCAGUACGCAAAAAUACAACCUUGAAGUAUCUCGAUAUAUCAAAGGCAUCAUUACCAUAUGACGCCGGUCCGGAAACGUGCAAAGCUCUUCAACUAAUGUUCGAGAAAAAUUCGACGAUCGAGGAAUUGGAUAUUAGUGGUGAAUAUGCCCACCUGGAUGUUGCUAGAUUUGGCAUCGGUCUAAAUCUUGCGUUAACUGGACUGAAGAAGAAUACCUCACUGAGGGUAUUAAAGAUCGAGCAUCAAAGACUGGGUUUACAAGGAGCAAAUACCCUUGCUUCUGUUCUGGAGGAAAAUGAAACACUACUAGAAGUGUACUGUGACAACAAUGAAAUUAACCUGCAGUCAUUCACGGUUCUAGUCAACGGUUUACAACUGAACAAAAAGCUGUUGCAUCUCCCGUCAAUGGUACGUGACAGGGAACAGUGCCUGGAACGAGUGCGCCGCGAAAUUGAAUCUGUCAACCAAAAUACCCCAAAUGCUGUCGGACCGAAAGGGAAUUCGAUCCGCAAAAGUCUCCAUGCUGCUGUCUCCGGCGGAGUUGGAAGCUCGGGACACAAGCUUCAAAAAGCAUCACCUACAUCACCGCACCAUGCGAAUUCACAUGUAACUACAUUCUUUUCCCCAUUAGCGUCAUCUACGCCGAUUCUCGCUAGCUCAACCGCACCUCCACACUUUAUCCGGCAGGAUGUGCAAGUUGUGCUUCAAUCGCUAGGUCACAGAUGGGAUGCAGAGGUGGAUCGACUUCAACGAUAUUUGGUUCGAAACUACAACAUCACCCACGGCCUCAUUGAUGAACAUUGCAAUGGCCUCGAUGACGAUUCAAUUAAUGACGAGCGGCCUACAACGGCAGCCAGUUUGGACACAUUCCUCAACCAGCUCUCCUUCGACCCCAUUGAUUCAUCCGAAACCGGAGAAUCAGUUCCCUACUUGUCAGACACUCCUGACCAAACCGGGACUCCUCUAGAUGAAGAUGCGGAGAAUCUUACCAUACAAGACUCCUCGAAUGAUAGAAAUUCGUCAAAUGUCGAACAACCCUUUAUCCACCCUACACCCCCACCCCUCCCGAAAGCUCACACAUCCAACGCUCUGCACACAACCUCCUCCAAUAUAUCCGUUCCGACCCCUUCCCUGCCGCGUUUGUUCGUCCCAGGCACCGGUAAUCACAGCAUCCGCAUGACUAAGAGUAGCAACAGCCUAAGUUCUCCCACGAACACAAGUGCAUCAACCACUACCGGCACGCGACUUUCUGAAACCGCAUCCUCGCUUCGUGCGUUGCUCAUGGCACGACCCGCGGAGCGAAAGGAGUUAAGGAAAGAGAAAUUGACCAUUGAGACACUUAGCCAGCCUCCCAGGCUUGACUGGAGGUUGCCUGACUUGGAAACUUGA